UGCUCCCGGCCGGGCCAACAGGCCGCACCCGGAGCGGCGGCGGGCCUGGGCUGCCAACAGCCUGGGGGCCCUGCGAGCCCCUCCCCGCCCUAAGGCCAUGGCCCUGCUGGAAACCCAUCCUUUCCCGGACUCUGGAACGGGGGAGCCCAGUGAUCCUGACACGCUGCACCACUUCAACCGAGCGGGGAAGGGAAUGGCCUACAAAGAGCCCGACCCAUCUGGGAGGAUCCCCAAAGCCUCGUGGGUCACGAACCGCUGGGAGCCCAGCCCGAGGCACUGGGGUGUGCUGGGGACAGACGGUGACAAGGAGAAGCUGUGUCAGAGCGAGUGCAGGAAGGAGCGGGAUGAAGGGGAGGCUUUCUGUGCCAGCGAGUUCGCAGUGAAUGGAAUUGUUUAUAACCUGGAGAGCCUGGGCCAUGGAGUGCAGUGGAUCACCCUGCUGGUGGACAGUGAUGGAUUGUACAGGAUGGGCCGCCUCUAUGUCACUCCUGACGCCGCCUUCUUCCGAGUUCACAUCUUGGUUGUGGAUACUUUCAACUGCAGUAAACCAUGUCCAGACUUUAAACUUGGCAGCCGGUACAUCGUGAUGGGGCACAUCCACCACAAGCGCCGCCAGGUGCCCGCCUGGCUGCUGCCGGCCCUGCGCGGGCGGCUGCGCCCGGGGGACGGCUGGGUCGGGAGCGGCAGCGGCUACGUGAGGAGAUUCAACAGGAAAAGGGAUCUCAGGGUGAGGGCAGCGCGCUCCAAGUGUCCUUAAGGCUCCGGGGCUCCGUCCAGGACGUGGGAGCAGCGGGAUCCACCCUCGGAGCGCACCCGGCCGUGGGCAGCGCUCCCGCCUGGAGCCGCAGUCCAGCAGCUGCUUCUGUGCUUCAGCAAACACCGGAUGCCUCGGGCAGGCACCCCUGGCGAGGCUCAGCACAGAAGGCACUCUAGGGAAUGUUAACCGGCCGGGAAUUUGCUCCAGCUGCUUUCAGAGCCACAGGUUUUUGUUGCUUCCCCUGCUGCAGAGUGCCCCGAAUAAUCUGUAGUAACUGUAAUGCAGAAUUCUGGCAGUUUCGUCCUCAGUACACAACAACUGCACUUUGAACCUUUCACCUUGAACACAUUAGAUGAUACCACAGCUUUAUCUACACAGGAUGUUCACUGUGCUUUCACAGUUCUGCCCAAUGCAUUUGAUUUCAGAGAAACCAACACCAGUGAGUACCAUUUGUAUUAUUUUUGUCUCCUCAACCGUGUCCAUGGUAUUUCUGAAAAUUACACCAUUCUUCAGCAGAGCUGGAUGUUCACACAAAGCAUACAGAAUAGAGUGUAAUAAUUUGAUUUUAUGAACACUGACUGAAAGCAAAUCAAGAACUGCAAAACACAAAUGCCCAGUUGCAUUUUCAAGUGAUGGUGCAGGGAAUGCAAAAUGAGCAUGGGCUGCACAAACUGGGUGUGCCAGGGCACUUCGUCCCAGAGCUGUGCUGAAUGCCAUUC